AUGCCUCACGCCGACUCCUCCUUCUUCGGCCCCAACGCCUCCAAAGACGAGGUCUACACGCAGGUCCUCGAACAGGCCCGCGGCCUAGUCUACGGCCAGCGCAACUGGGUCAGCAACUUCUCCAACGUCGCCUCCCUCCUCUGGCACGCCUACGCCGCCCUCCCCGCCCCUUCGUCGUCGGUCAACUGGGCCGGCUUCUACAUCCGCAGCGACAAGUUCCCGGCCUUGUCCAAGGAUACCACCGCCACCGAUGCGACCACCGUGCAACCCAAACUCCUCCUCGGCCCCUUCCAGGGCCGCCCCGCGUGCCAGGAGAUCCGCUUCGGGAAGGGGGUCUGCGGCACCGCGGCGCAGGACCGCGCCACCGUCGUCGUGCCGGACGUGCACGAGUUCCCGGGCCAUAUCGCCUGCGACGCGAGCAGUCGGAGUGAGAUUGUGGUGCCGAUUCUUGUGGGUGGGGAGACGGUCGCGAUUAUCGAUAUCGAUUGCACGGAGCCCUCUGGGUUUGAUGAGACGGACAAGAAAUACUUGGAGGAGUUGGCGGGGUUGUUGGCUGAGUGCUGUGAUUGGUGA